UAAAAUUCAAAAAUUCAUAGUUUUGAGACAGUUGUAACGGUUUUGUAAAAUUUGAAUGUAAAAGUAAACAAAGAAAAUAACAAAUCAAUUUAAGUUUUAAUGGCUCAAUAUAAAGGCACAAAAAGCGAGGCAGAUAGAGCCGUACAACUAGCAAAGAAACGAGAAAAGCAACAACAAGAUGCAGAGCUUCAAAAGAAAAAAAUUCAAGAACAAAUGAAAAUUCAAAGCAUAGACAGCAAAUUUGCAACCUCAAUUGAACAUCCAGCAACUGAAUUUGGCAAAAAGUCCUUUGGACUGUUCACACUUUUAGAAUUGAAGGCAAAGCAGGAACAAGAAAGAACUAAGGAACUGCUUAAAAAGCAAGAAGAGGAAGAUUUAAGAGGAAAAAGUCAGAAAAAGUUUAAGCAACAAAAGCAGAUCCAAAAAUUGUCAUUUGAUGUUGAUGAUGAGAAUGAGGAGCUUAAUUCUGACAAUUUUCAAGCUGUUGAUCCACCUAAAAAGAGGAUUAAGAAGAAUCCAGCUGUAGACACCAGUUUCUUAAAAGAUCGCGAACGUGACGAUAUUGAGAAUAAAUUAAAAGAGGAACUGAAGAAGCAAUGGACCGAGCAACAGAAUAUCAUUAAAAAUGAGAAAAUAGAUGUAGUAUAUUCAUAUUAUGACGGAAGUGGACAUAGAUUCUCAAUAAGUAUGGAGAAAGGUAACACAAUUACUGAGUUCCUUCAAGCAUGUCUUGAGAAGCAUUUAAGGCACGAAAUUUCAGAACUAAGGAAGGUCACAAAUGAUCAGUUGAUGUACAUUAAGGAAGACUUAAUUUUACCAUAUCAUUAUACAUUUUAUGACUUUAUAGUAAAAAAGGCAAGAGGAAAAUCAGGUCCAUUGUUUCAAUUUGAUGUUAAGGACGAUAUUCGAAUGGUUAAUGAUGCUUCAGUUGAAAAAGAGGAAUCACAUGCUGGAAAAGUUGUUUUGCGAUCAUGGUACGAAAGGAAUAAGCACAUAUUCCCAGCAAGCCGAUGGGAGCCUUAUGAUCCAUCGAAAUCUUAUGAUAUAUACACAGUUAAGGACAAAAGAACUUAGCUUAUUGGAUAAUGAGUUCAAUUUGUAUUUUGUAUAAAAACUCCUGAAAUAAACGAUUUUGCAGAAUUUAAAAUAAAACUUUACCAAGUUCAAAUCCAGAAGAUACAGU